GUUGAUCAAUUGUCAGUUUUGAUCGAGAAUUACUAUAAUAAUUGAUAACUGAGGCAUGGAGAAGAUAAAAACAGAGAGUGAGGUGGCGGCGCCGCCGGCGGCGGAGGAGGAGGACGACGACGACGUGAUGCUUCCCGGAUUCCGCUUCCACCCCACUGACGACGAGCUCGUCAGCUUCUACCUCCGGCGGAAGGUGGAGAAGAAGCAGCUCAGCGUCGAGAUCAUCAAAGAGAUGGACGUUUACAAGCACGAACCCUGGGAGUUGUCGAAGUUUAUGAUCACCACGUCGGGGGAGAAGGAGUGGUACUACUUCUGCCGGCGAGGGAGGAAGUACAGGAACAGCGUCCGGCCGAACAGGGUCACCGGCUGCGGGUUCUGGAAGGCCACCGGAAUCGACCGGCCCAUCCACUCCUCCGGCCACUGCAUUGGCCUCAAGAAGUCACUCGUUUACUACCGCGGACACGCCGGGAAGGGCACCAAGACCGACUGGAUGAUGCACGAGUUCCGCCUUCCCACCGGCUGCAAAUCCGGCGACGACACCACCACCAAGAAGAGCGCCGCCAACCUACAAGAAGCGGAAGUUUGGACGAUCUGCAGAAUUUUCAAGAGAAGUUCUUCCUACAAGAAGCAGCCGAACGGCUACAGGGCGUCCACUCCCACGAAGUCGCCGCCGGAAUCCUGCAGCGUCACCAACUGCUUCGAGUCCCUCGGCGACUAUUGCAUGUGCUGCACCUCCUCCGGCGGCGGCGGCUCGGCGGCGGAGCUGCAACUCCUCCAACGUCACCACCUCCUCCAAGUGGACGUGAGCGCCGGCCAUGGCGCCCCACCACUCUUUCCGGCGCCGGAUAUCUCCGGUAGUAAUAAUUUGGAGAUGAGCCCGAGCUCGAAUGACUUGAUGAGUGACAGCAUCUGGGACGAACUCGGCAGGAUCUCGGAGUUAUUGGCCGUCGACGAUGGAAUAUUCUCAUCCGACGACUGCCAAUACACCACGCAAUCGUACGCGCUUGGGAUCCACAACGCAAUCUAAUAAUUGCCGGAGAUUUAAAAAAAAAAAAUGUGACUAGAUUCGCUUUUGAAGAUAUAAUCAUUAAUUUGUUGAAAGACUCGAUCGAUGGGAAAUUGAUCGAUAUUUCUCUUUUACGCAGUUCUAGGUAAUUUGUCAUUAGGAGGGAUGAAAUAGACACUGGCCGGUGGUGAUGAAAAAAAUAAAUGUG